UCAGACAUUGGAUCGUCUGGCUGGACAGCGGGCAUCGGGUCACAAGGCAUCAGCAGGCCACCGGGUCAUCUGGCACUGGAUCGUCUGGCUCGACAGCGGGCAUCGGAUCACAGGCAUGACCGCGGGGCACUGGGUCAUCAGGCAUUGGAUUGUCUGGCUCGACAGCGGGCAUCGUGGUCACCUGGUAUGACAGCGGCACUGGGUCUAACCAGGCAUCAGGUCAUUUGGCUCGCCAGCGGGGCACCGCGUCAUCUGGCAAGGCAGUGGGCACCGAGUCACCAGGCACGACAGCGGGCUCUGAGUCAAUUGGCACGGCAGCGGUCCACCGGGUCAUCAGGUACUGGAUCAUCUGGCUCGACAGCA